UUACUAAUUUCACUGGCUGCUGGAAUAGUGGAAUUACGUGUUAACCUCCAACCUCCAUGAUGCAAUUGUGUUUCAUUCCUGCUGUCACGGAGAGGAAUAUAAAUGAAGAAUGAUGCAAUAUUCUUUGUAUGUACAACCUUAUAAGAAUCUUCUUUAAGGAGCUGCAGUAAGACAAACACUGAAAACAACUUUUCCCUGGUACAAUGUGUUGAAGCAGAGGAACUGGAAUUGUCCACCUUUGUCCAAGCUUGGAAAAUGUUUGCUAUUUUGUGAGUGGAAGCAUCUCUGGAGUGAAUUGACUUCUGAAAAUGCGGCCAUGGACUGGUUCCUGGCGUUGGAUUAUGCUCAUCCUCUUUGCUUGGGGAACUUUACUCUUUUAUAUUGGUGGGCACCUGGUACGAGACAGCGAGCACCCGGAUCACUCCAGUCGGGAAUUGUCCAAGAUCCUUGCUAAACUGGAACGGUUAAAGCAGCAAAAUGAGGACCUAAGGCGCAUGGCAGAAUCUCUCAGGAUACCAGAUGGUCCUGUUGAUCAGGGACCAGCUGCAGGAAGGGUACAUGCUUUAGAGGAGCAACUUCUAAAGGCCAAAGAACAGAUAGAAAACUAUAAGAAGCGGACAGGAGAUGUUGAAGGCCUUGGAAAAGACCAUGAAAUACUGAGAAGGAGGAUUGAAAAUGGGGCUAAGGAACUUUGGUUUUUCCUCCAGAGUGAACUGAAGAAGUUGAAAAAUCUGGAAGGAAGUGAACUGCAAACCCGCAUUGAUGAAUUUCUGUCUGAUUUGGGUCAUCAGGAAAGGUCAAUAAUGACCGACUUGUACUACCUCAGUCAAACAGAUGGAGCUGGGGAUUGGCGGGAAAAAGAGGCCAAAGAUCUAACAGAUUUGGUACAGAGAAGAAUAACUUAUUUACAGAACCCGAAGGACUGCAGCAAAGCCAAGAAGCUGGUGUGCAACAUCAACAAAGGCUGUGGCUAUGGCUGCCAGCUGCACCACGUGGUGUAUUGCUUCAUGAUCGCGUACGGCACGCAGCGCACGCUCAUCCUGGAGUCGCAGAACUGGCGCUACGCCACCGGCGGCUGGGAGACCGUGUUCCGCCCCGUCAGCGAGACCUGCACCGACAGGGCCGGCUCCUCCACGGGCCACUGGUCAGGUGAGGCUAAUGACAAGGACGUUCAGGUGGUGGAACUUCCCAUUGUUGACAGCUUACACCCACGGCCACCCUACUUGCCCUUGGCUGUCCCUGAAGACUUGGCUGAUAGACUAAUUCGUGUACAUGGGGAUCCUGCAGUGUGGUGGGUCUCACAGUUUGUGAAAUACUUGAUUCGUCCACAGCCUUGGCUAGAAAAAGAAAUAGAGGAAGCCACAAGGAAACUUGGUUUCAAACAUCCAGUGAUCGGCAUUCACGUGCGAAGGACAGACAAAGUAGGGACAGAGGCAGCGUUCCACCCCAUCGAGGAGUACAUGGUGCACGUGGAGGAGAGGUUUGAGCUGCUGGCUCGCAGGAUGCACGUGGAUAAAAAAAGAGUGUACUUGGCCACAGACGACCCUUCAUUGUUGCAAGAGGCAAAAUCAAAGUACCCAAAUUAUGAAUUUAUCAGUGAUAACUCCAUAUCGUGGUCAGCAGGACUCCAUAACCGAUACACUGAAAACUCCCUGAGAGGUGUCAUUCUGGAUAUUCACUUUUUGUCUCAGGCAGACUUCCUGGUCUGUACAUUUUCAUCCCAGGUUUGUCGAGUUGCCUAUGAAAUUAUGCAGACGUUGCAUCCGGAUGCUUCGGCGUAUUUCCAUUCGUUGGAUGAUAUCUACUACUUUGGGGGACAGAACGCUCACAACCAGAUUGCUAUUUAUGCUCAUCAUCCACGAACUGCUGAUGAAAUUCCUAUGGAACCUGGAGAUAUAAUUGGAGUAGCUGGAAACCACUGGGAUGGUUAUUCAAAAGGCAUCAAUAGGAAAUUAGGAAGAACAGGCCUGUACCCAUCCUAUAAAGUUAAGGAGAAAAUUGAGACAGUCAAGUAUCCUACAUACCCAGAGGCUGACAAGUAGAUUAAAAGGAAGACAUUCAGCAGUUAUUAUAAAAAAACUCGAUUUUGAUUGGUUCAAACCAGUCAACAACACACUAACUAUUGGUUUCUAUGGGAUUCGAAUUUGCAUUUUAUCAUGCGGUUAAAAUCAAAGCCUUUGCAAUGAAACUGGAGAAGAAGCUGAGAACAAGUGGAUGGGCUGUUGUCUGAACUUACUCUUAAACAUUUUUGUUAUAUGCAGUCUCACACAUGCACACACAAACCCACGUACAACAGGAAAACUGUUGUUUUAUACUUCUUGUCUCUUUCCAGGAGCUGUCCCAGUCAUUAGUCUUACGUGAGCUUUGGGCUCUUUUCUGCGCCAUUAAUUGACAAUAAUGUUCAGACUUACAACACUGCCACAUUGUGUAAUUUGAGUGACAUGAACAUAUUUUGUAUGUGCAAAAUUUGGAACAUGGUGCCUAUAUUUGAAAAGUUUGUGACCUUUUUAGAAGAGCCAUGCCUGUUUCAAAAUGGGCAAGAGUCCACUUUCAUCUGGUGUUACCAUGACCACUGAACUUGCUUCAAACAACAGAUUCAGAUUUCAGACUAGAUUUCGUUACAAUUUUGGGGUUUUUUUAGCAUUCCAUUGAUUACUUCUCAUCAUUAAUAAAAUAAAAGUUACAUUCAACAAUAAAGCGGUCACUGUCUCUUAGGAGCUUUUGUAAACAAUACCAUGGACAGAUUCUUUAGUACUGGUGAUUUCUGGACAUUGCCUUUGAUUGAAAAAACCAACAACACAAAAUCCACAAAAGAAGGAAAAUGUAGCCUGAGUUUCAUUGAAUUUUAAAACACUUGUGCAGUACAGCAGUUGUGUAGGGCACAGUGCUGCUCAGCUUUGUGGACAGUAGGUAAAGGCAGGAUUACUUCAGUGCUAAAUUGCUUACAUUUACCCUCUGACACUAUUUUCUUACCUUUUCUGGUUGUCUUCUGAAAAUAAUUCAGGGUUUGGGGUUAUUAUGGAUGUCCACUUAGCAUUUUGGCAUUGAGUGUAAUUACUUUUAAGUAGAAUACAUCAGGUUAUCCCAUUUAUAGAACCUGUCAGUCUGGACUACUUUAGAAAAAUUCAACAGUUUACCCCAAAGUAAUAGGUUACAAGAAAUUUACAAGGAUGAAUUUUUAUGCAUGUCAUAAGAUUGUUAGUAAUUCUUAGUGUUUUGAAAUCUCUUGCCAGUCAUCUCUCAUUAAGAAAAUAGAUAAUUUACAAAAUAAUUUUACAGAAAAAUUCAUAAAUUUGAUGGUUGUAUAUAUGGAUCCAUGUAAUAUGUAAGAUGAUGAGAGAUUGUUUCCAAGUAAAAAGAAUAUUUAAUAGCAUUUUGUAGCUUCCAGUGCAAUCCAAUUUGGAUUACUGGAAGUGCAGAAAAUGUUUACUGUUCAGAGACCGAGGAAAUGCCACGUCAGUAAAGGUUAAAACAGCAUGGCUAGUUGACCUUAGCAAAGCAAAAGUACACUUAAUUAUGUUUAUGAAUAGGCUAAGGACAGUGUUAACAUAAUGAAUGGAUGCACUUGACUAUGAAUAAAUUUUAGGCUGAAAAAUAAAAGGAAAUCUCUGGCAAUGUGCAGUGCAGCAGCAGGCUUCCAAUUGAAAUAGUGGUGAGAUGGAACUGGGUUGGUGUGUGAAGGAAUUACAAAGUAGUACUUCCUGACAUGACUUGCAGGACUAAUCCUGUAGAUCCCCUCCAGUGACGUGUCCUUCAACUGAAGAAUUAUUUUGUGUCUUGAAAAAGAGUAACAAAAUCAAAGUUGAAAAAUUUUGGGGGAAAAAGAAUACGUUUACCAUAGUGUUAAAUAGAUAUAUCAGUGAAAACGAGCUUAGAUACAAAACAAGAUUUAAAAAGAUUGAUUAAAGGAUGAUGGAAUAUUAUUAGUAAGAGCAGCCAGGAAGUGAUAAAGAUGAAUUUUUACGACGGAAGAUGCCUAGAGUCAACUGAUGUUUCUGUAUUUUGGUGCUGCUAAGGAAGCAGCUUUAUGUUAGUUUCCUAAGUGAUUUUGGUAAAUUUUCCACUAACUCAGGCAAAUAUUGUAUUUCAGAGGUACAAAUGUGGGCUAAAUAAUAACUUUUUUUUUUUACUUUAUUUUGAAUUGUACAUAUAAAGCCACUAGUACUUUCCUUUCCAACUUGAAAAAAAAUCCAAACCCAUGAAUGUUUCUUCCUCAGCAAUUAGGUCAAUGCAUUUUAUUUUUGGGAAAAACUAGUUUAGUUGUUUCUCCACAAAUACUGCAUUAGCCAAUUGAUAUAGAUUUAUAGAUUUUGAAAAUGUUUUUUUUUUAAGCUAUUUACUUACAGCCCCUCAUUUCUAGCUCAUUUCUUAGAGUGUGAUUAAGCAAUAGUAUUCAUAAAUAAAUUAACACUAAAAUUUUUCUGUAGUCAGGUAACUCAGUUAAAAAUACAACAUAAGAAGAUAAAAGAAUAUCUAAGAUGAGCCCAAAGGCAAAAGCACAUCUUCUGGUGUGGUAAUGAGAGAACUGAAAACACUGAUGUUGUAGAAGCUGUACCUGUAUAAUGUGGCAAUUCCUCAGCAGACUGUAUCUGACAAAAUAUUGGCAAGGUACACAUGCCUCCUUACAUAUUCUAAGUACCUAAUGAAUAAUUAGGUCACCAUCUUUGAGAAAAUGAUCAUGAAAUGAUACAAAAUUACAGCAUUACUGUUAAUAAUUCAGAACUGUACUAAUGUAGAUGCUAUGAUCUUAUUCCCCAGGGCAGUAUGAUCCUCUAGUGCUUCAAUACUUCUCAGAGGAAGAAAUCUAGCAAUACCCUGCUUGCUAGAUGCAUGUUCCUAGAGAUUUAUUUCCUUUAAGACUACCAAUUAGUUAUAUUUUGGAAUCCUGGGACAUUGGUACAUUAAAACUGAUUUUGUUUUAUAUUAAACAAAAUGAAUAUUCGAGACUUUAUUCUCGGUGUACAGUGGGGUCCAGGUAAUAUAGAUGGAUUGAUGGGAACAUGGAAAAGAGACCCCCAGAUUUUUAUUGUAGCUCACAGAAAAGUGAAAUAAUAGGAAAUAAAAAUUUUGUCUUGAAUACCUGGGAGAAAGCUGAAUCUUUUGAAAGCUAUGAACUCAUUAAAUUACUAGCCAGAAUGCUUGUGAAGAAGCAAGCAUACAUCGUGUUCCUUCUGUUUACCUUGUAGCUCUGCAGCAGUCUAGUCUUGUAAUUUUUGCCUCAUACCAAACCCCACCCUCUCUGAUAUCCAUAAAACAACAAACCCUCAUACCCCCUUAAACAGCUGCUGUUUAAUUAAACUUUUCCUCUCUAAGAAACUUUGGUGCGUGUGUGUGCAUAGGCAUGUGGCAUACAUAAAACCCAAUGUGAACAGCACUCUUGUGUUCUUUGCUAUUUUACAUUAUCACUGUCACAUUGUCUGUGAAAACUUACUGGCCAGGUAAAUGGAAUCUUUGGAAACCUUGUUAUCCUACGUGCUGCUUGGGAGCUAAGAGGUUUGUUCUGAGUGGUUCAGUUAACUUCUCUUCUGUGACACUGAUGUACCACCGACCUGAGUUCUUGGUUCUCAGGCCAGCCCACAGUGCAAUGUGUGGGAUUUACAGGCUUUCUCUACCAGCAUCCUGCCCAUGUGAACUGCUGAGUAUUAUGGAUUUGUUCAUGAAGGGCGAUGUUUUAUUUCAAAGUUUUUACAUAUUUGAAAUGUUUACCUUCAGAUAAAUGUUUUUAAAUGUUUACUUCAGAUAAGUCUUUUGUUUAACCCUUCUAUCACUGAAUUUUAAGAAAACCUUAGGAAAAACAGAAAGAUUUUUCUCCUUUACAAAUUUUCUGAAAGGAGAUCUAAUGAUACCUUUUUUUUACAGAGAGAUGUUCACGAUGUAAAUGUUUCCUUCAUAAUGGGCUUUUUGUUUCCUUGGUUUGCAAUUAUAAAAUAAGAGUCUUCUGAUCUAGGAACAUCAUAGAAAAUAAAUGGAAAAUUUUCAUGACAAAUUCUUGAUAUGGGGAGGGAGAUACUGAUAUUCUUUAUGCCAGUGGAGUAGCACCUACCUUUUGGAACCUUUUCAUAACAGUGAAUUGAACUUGGUUUUUCCAGGUCAUUAGUUUCUUCACAAUAUAAUCUCUGAUGUGACUGAGGAACCCAGAUAAAAAUAAUUUGCUUAGUUUGCAAAAUGGGAAGGAGAGAGAGUCUAGUAAGAUAUGAUAUUGUGCUUUUACUAUGAGUUGCUAUAUCAUUUUAUAAAGCCACAAAUAAACAUUUCUGUACUGGGUUAAGCACCUCUGAUAGUGAAAUCAUACAUAGAAUUUGCAAUCCUCCCUUUGAUUUUUCCUAAUACCAGUCCGAGUCAUGUAUAAACUUCAUGGUCAUAUUCUGAUUCUUGGUCGUUAAUAUACUACAGUUUAAUUUCUAUUUUGAUGGCAUGGGAGCAGGGUGUCAAGGAGCUCAAAAGGUUGUUGGGUAUUCUUAUUGUAUGGAAUUAAAAUUGCUUUUGAGGCUCAUUUAAAUUCUACUUCCAUGAGGUGCCCCUAGAUUUGUAAUUGUAAUCUCCAGACUUGUGUCGAGGUCCUCUCUAUCUACCUGGAAAUUUACCUGGAGCAGGACUGAAACAAUGAAAUUUAUUUAUAAAUAUGAACUGCAUACAGGUUGUGUUUGACUUCCUAGGAUCCUGUUCAUUUCCAAAAAGCAUGAAACGUGGCCCUGCAUGAUAUAAAUAAGAGGAUAGUAUAAAAUUCCCAAGUCUGCACAAAAGAAUUGCUUGUCUGUUUGCCUGCAUUGCUGGUCACAUUCACUGUGUACAAGAUUAUUUAGGAAUCUAAGUACAUAAGGCAGAGGUCUUUCAGUGUUACUGCUGAAUCCCUUCCACUGAUGUUUGCUGUCUUCAGGCCUUUUGGUACUGUGCACAGACAGUGCUGGUGAUAUUUGUUAUUCAGUGGAAUCCCUUUAUUUUUUAUGUUCGUUUCCUUUGACUCAGCUUGUCAGCAGAAUCCUAUUGCCACUGCAGUUCAAACAAGUUCGGAUUAAUGCAAAGGCAUGUCAGUUGUUUGCACAAAAUAAUCUUUGCCAUUGCUCAGAAUUAAUGUCACACUCAGGCUGGCUCUUUGGGAGGUGCUGUUGAGGGAGGGAGCCAUCUCCACUGCACUGUACUGCACAUUUCAUAACUCCUGGCAGUACAUGUGCUGCUUUUGCUUUCAGCUUUGCAUGAUUUCGCCACUUUAUCCAGACUCAAGGUUUGGUUUUCAUUUUAGUAUAUUUAUGAAGGGUUUUCUGAGGAUAAUGAGAUGAAGUCCCAAAUAUCCUACAUUUUCUUCAAGUAGUAUAACAGACCUCAUCCCAUUUCCUCUUAACUGUCUUAAAGACAUCCUUCAGUUGCACCAUUUUAGUAGAAGCAGCUAGCUUGAUGUUUCCUGAAGACUGUGGCAUUUUUUUGCUCUUCUAUUAGCCCUACCACCUACUUGCAUCUGAUCCUGAUCGACCAUGGUUGUGUGAACCUUCUUCACACCUUUCUGCUUCACAUAUUUUGAUUUCCUAAUCCAGUGGUCAUUACUUGAGCAGGAUUCCAAGGGACAAGUCUGUAUUUGGUGUUUCAUAAUAACACGUGAAAUUAUAUUUCUGGCAUGUUUGCAUUUUUGUUUUUAUUUUUUAGAAAUGCAUUUUUGUGUUCUCCCUCCUUAGUAUAGUCAAGGAUUCAAAGAGGAAAAACUAUAAUCUGAUGUACCUGAUAAGUGUUUAGGAGACUUCCAAGGCAUAGAAACACCUUUAAUAAUAAGGUUUACAGCUCAUACCAUGACAAGUAUCUUGACCAGAUGAAGGAUGCAUUUUCAUAGCAUUCCCUAUUCAUUUUUGGCUAGUGCUUAUUGUACACUAGUGCCUGCAGCUUCAUUUGCAAGAGACAAAAUGUGGAUGCAGUCUUUUUACAGGACCAUACAGAUAAUUUGCACCAUUCUCAGUUAAUACGUCCACUGCAAGCAGAGCCAUGAGGAUAUUGCAGCUCAGCUGUGAGAAGCCACUGGAUGUAGAGGUUGCUGUCCAAUUUGGCUGUCUACAGAAGAUCUGUCUCUUCUUCUUAAAGAAGAUCUUCUUAAAGAAGCCAAGUCUAUUUGCUGACACCAUUCCAAGCAGUAGCAAACUGGAAGAAUGGAAAGAGACCAAAAACCAGGACAUCCUACACGCUUCUUUGUGAAUGAGAAGGAAUUGGGACUGUGUUAAGUUGGUGGAAGUAUUUUGCUUCAGUACUUCAGCUUAUUGCUGGAGAAUGACCUGUGAUGAUGAGUUUAUAAUUCUAAAUCUCUGGUCAGUUUGUAACAUCUAUAAAAUUUUGUUUUCACUUAAGAAUAAAACUGUUAUACACAAUAAGUUGAGACUUGUGGAAUUAAAAAGUUUCAUUCUUGCUUCAGAUGGUGUGUUAGCUUUGCUUAAAAAGAUGUUUGCUCAUGAAUAAGAUUCAGUUAUUCAGCAAAGAUAGAAAAAUCUUUUUAGGCUGGCUUGACCAUUUUUUAACCUGUACAUCAGCAGAGAUUAUACAGGGGCUAGAGAAUCAUUAUGUAAUAGAUUUGGGAUUGAUAGAUUCGUUCCCUUAACUGAUCCUUUUGUUUAUAAACAACUGAAAAAUUGUUUUGUUAAUAUUAGAAAGUUAAAGUUACAAUGUGUCUCCCUGCUCAAAAUGUAUUUCUUUGGGGCUGGUGAUGUGCUAUGACUGCUUUUUAUGACAAUGAUUUAUAUUAGCUUGUUUGUAUGUUUCUGAGUGUAUUGCUCAUUCCUUUGGUCCAAUGUUUAGACUGUAAGAUUUACGGUUCUGGAGUUGCCUUUGUUUGUUUCCACCUCUUUGUCCCAAUGAGAUUCUUCAUUCAGUAGGAUCCCUAGACAGUACAGUACUAAGAAUAAUUACUGUAGCCAUAAAAUGGCUUAAACAUUUAAUCUGUAAUGCUAAAUGCAUAAUGAUUUUUUAGUGUUUUCUUUUAUUUAUGUAACAUUAAUAUUUUAUUUAGUUAUUUAUAUUGCUUAUUUGCCAUUGUGUGUGUAUGAAAAAAAUUACUUAACCCUCAAGGAAUCCAAAUAUCAGAAGUCAGAUUCAAGAAGUUGUCUUAGAUAUCUCCUGCAUGCUUAUGACCUUUGUCAUUGAUAGUAUAUUUAAGUCUUUGGUUCUGAAACAGCACAGUGAUUGAAGGAAUUAUCUUGUGUACUUUUUCUGCUCUCACUUCUUCUCUUGGAAGUUAAUAACCGACCAUGUGUAUGCUAAAUCUAUUUAACUGUGAAUUGAAACAGGUUCGUUGCCAUGCUGAUUGGUUUGGUGUAUGUUAGUCAAAGCUAAUUUUGGCAGUAAGCAUGAAUGUAUAUCCUUCAUUUCUGUGCUUUUAAAACUGAGUAGGAGAAUAAGUGAAGGAGCCAUUGGAAUAACAGGCUUUUCUAACCUUUUGGUGAAGUGGCUAGGGCUUACUUAUGCCCUUUUUUAUUUUUAAUAUGCACAGAUAGACAGUAAUGUAUCUUAUACAAAGGGAUAAAACCUGUUGAACCAUCUGAAGAAACCUUGAGAAGACCAAAACACAGUCUUGGCUUGAUAUGAAGGUGUGCCAGACUUGUAAUUACCUGGAGGUCUUGUUGUUCUUCUCUUCCUCAUGAAAUCAUUUUGUCAUGAUUUCAUGCUGGAUGGGCACUGGUUCCAGAACAUCCUGUUUGUUUUUCAUAAGAUGCAUCAUGUUAAUACAGGUGCUCUGCUGUACUGCCUCUGUAGUGAAACAGUCUGGGUUUUCUCAGAGCAAUGUUGAUGUUACUCCCUCUUCAUCGUUUCUCAUGAAAAGUCUCCUUUUGGUAAAGCCACACACAGUGGUUGAAAAAAAGAAAAUAACACCAUUCUUUACCGCUAAGUGUCUGAUACUUUAUUUCUGAAGUAGCUGUAACUGGCCUUGCUGGCAUACAAAUCCACAAAGUAGAUUUCAACUUCUCUCCUCUAGCAAGUAGCUUACUACUGUUAGCUGUUGCCAACAAUUUGGUGCUGAAAAGAAGCUUUAAGUCUCUGAAAAUAUUUCUGUCUCUUAUUACUGUCUGAGAAAGAGUUGUGACCCCUCCUGACAGCAGAUGUAUGGAGUUCACAAGAACUAGUUAGGGCUAAUACCAUGUUAUACAAUUUUUCUCUCAAUAUUGCCACUCUUUUACCUAAGUCUCUUUUAUCCAGUUUGAAUUAAUUUUAGAAUUUAGAAACAAGGCAAUAGUGUUGUCUGAUUGAAAGAGAGUUGUAAAUAAGUGUGUUAAUAAUGCUGAUAGUACAAGGCAUAACAUUACUCUCUUAAUUUGUGCAAUAACUUCUCCAGCAAGUUUUCUACUGCUGUUUCCAACUUCUUUUCUUUCAAACUGAUUGCCUCCCUUAUAGGUCUCUGCUUAUAGAUGGAGUGGUCUUCUACUUUGUGCCUUUAUAUAUCAAAAAACCCCUGCAUAUGUACAAAAACUGAAAACAGAAAACUAAAUGCAAAGAUAUUAUCAACACAUCUGAUUUUUAAAUCAAAUUUUAUCUUCUAUAUAUCACAUUUUUAAAUGGUAGGUUCUCUGAAGCAAAAACAAGAAAAAAAAUCCUUUUUGUUCAGACAUCUUAAUCCUGAAACAAUGAACAAAAAGGUUUCUAGGAGAAGUAAAGCUUUUCCAGAAACAGUAGAUCAUUUAGCCCUAGCACGAACAAUGAAAAAUAGAAAGCUUAUUGAAUUCCCAAGAGUAGACCUGGGUGAAAGACUACUGAGAGUGCCAGAGUAGAAAUACAUGGGAUUAUAAUUUGGUUUUCCCCUGUUGGUUUCACAGCUCAUCUAAAUUUCUGCUUAUCUGUGAGGAAUCCGCAUUAAUUUGCAUCUGUGGAACUGGACAGACCCUUUAGUGUGCAGGCUGCAUGUCAGAAUAGCUACAUGAAAUUAGGUAUCAAGACUUUUUAAAUCAAACUACAAAAUUACCUUGAUGUUCUCUUAGGGUAUUUAGUAUUUUGGCAUCUUGAGGUUUUCAGAGAACCACUUGUGAGCGAUAUAUAACAUGAAUGAUAGAACUUUAAGUAUAUCCAUCUGGAUAUGGAAUGGAACAGCUGUUUAUGCAUAAGGCAAGACAUUGAUGUGUCAUGUUAAUUAAUCAUUUUCAAGUCGUAGGAAGUACAGAGUGGAUCAGUGUUUGCUGCACAGCAGUAUGGCUAGCAAAUGAUUCAUGAAAUCACUGUCCAUUCUAACUGGGAUGUUUUUAUUAAAGGACAGUGUCUAUGACCAACAGUUUUACUUUGAAGUCUGCCACUUGUUUAUCAUGGCACACUCUCACUGGCUGAGUAAUCAAGAGUGGGAACUACAUUUUAUGACUGGAGACAGAUUCAAGGGGUAGUUGAGUCUCACAAAUCACUUCAGAACAUGUUAUUGGACAAAAAUACUCAUACAGAUUUCAGUGAAAACUCUCUGAUCUGGAGUUUUCAGAUUCUGUCUAUGGAGGAUUGAGUUUUCCAAGUGUGUAUCAGAACAGUGCACUUUACCCAUAUUUUCUUAUUAUUACUGCUUGUCUGAGGAAUUUUAUGUUGCUGAUGUAAUGCUUUCUCAGGAUUCCUCACAUAGGUCAAGCUGCUAUUUGUGUAUAACAAUAUAGUAAUAUAUGCACAAGCAGACAAGGAUGUUCCAAAUUCCAUAAAUCCUUUUUCCUUCUGUAUACAUUAUUAUUUGUGCUCUGGAAUGGAUGCCUGAGAGUGUCAUAAGAUUAUCCUGUCAAUACUUGAAGUUAAGUAUCUCUAGCAUGCUUGCAAUUAGAGAAAAUGUUUUUCAAGGAAUCACAAUUGAAAAUUGCUUAGAUGGGUGAUCCUUAUUUUCAGCAGUACCAAUUUGUGAUGUAUCUGUUUGCAAUGGAAGGCAGCGAGCCUUUCAUCAGAGCCUGUUGGAAUCCAUGUUUUCCUGAGGAUGCCUUUUCAAUCCCAGGGAGGUUUGCUGAUGGAAGCAUUCCUUACAAUUCUCUUGCUACUGAGAUGUCUCAAAAAUUCAGCUGAAGCAUUUUAUUCUGGCAAUUUCUUCAUAGACAAGGAAAACACACUCCACAGGGUAGUUCAAAUUAUCUGAGUGCUUUGUGGGGAAAAUAAUGAUUUUUCUGACUGAUGACAAGGUAUUUGUUUCAUGCUGAAACAUGUAAUAUGUAACAUUUUUCAACAGCAUCUAGGAAGAUUGCUCUUGUAUGCAUUUCUGAUGUAUACAGGUUACAUUCAAGAAAAGGUUAAUCUGAAUACUAGGAAAAAUAUCUACCAAAAAAUUAAAUAUGGAAAUAAAGUUGUUUGUUUAACUGCA